AUGACCGCCGCCUCGCCAUCGUGGCAGGACCGGUACGACACAAUACGAGCCGUGCUUCAAUCCAGAAAAGUCAGAGCCGCGCUUCGCGACUUUCACAUCAGCCACAGCAGCGUCGCUACCAAACCCCCCGCCAUCGCUCAUGACGCAGAAACCAGCAAGUGCGAUGACCUCUCCGACCCAUCCUCGCUCGCCAAGCUGCUCGAUAUCAGCCUGGUCGUAGCAUGGUCUGCCGAUCGUCUUUCGCCUAGCAGAGACCCCAAUCCUUUCAGAGCCGCCGCCAGUCCAUCGCUCCAACUGCUCCGCCACGCAAGCUUGCAAGUCCAAGACUUCAAGACCGUCAAGGUGCUUCAAAAGAGUGCCGGAAGCUUGGUCGAAGUGGUCAAGAAUCGCCUCGACGGUCGCGUCUACGUGCUCAAGUCUCUCGUCAAAGGCUUUGCUCGACGUAAUGCUGCCAUCCAAACGCCAAUCAAUGAAACAAGGCUCCUUCAGCGCCUUCCCCACAGUUCAAAUACAACCACAGACAGUAGCUCGCUUCAGCUUCUCACGCCACAGCUCCUCGCCGCCUUUCAAACUCAAAACUCGGUCCAUGUGCUCAUGGAGUAUGUUGCCAGCGGCGACUUUAGCCAACUCCUCAUGGCUGCCAGCAGCUGCGGUGCCGAGUAUCCAGGCCGCGCCGCCACCGGUCUCCUCAACGAGGACUGGAUCCUCCGCUACAGCGUUGACAUGGUCCAAGCCAUCGCAUGGGUACAUGCCCAAGGCUUUGCUCACAGAGACAUCAAACCAGGCAACUUUCUCCUCGACCAAAGUGGCCACCUCAAACUCUGCGACUUUUCCAGCGCAGCGCCCUUUAGCAACUUUGCCGUUCAAUCCGGCUCAGAAAGGAUACAACCAGCGACAAGCAAGUCCUCAUCAUCCACAGAGCGCAAGGUGUGGGCCUUCUACUGCUCUCAGCCCACAGGUACUUGCGACUACCUUUCCCCCGAGGUGCUCGAGGCAGAAGAAAAGCGAAUGCUCGAACAACAGCAACUCUCCGACAUGUCGAGCCUCGACGAUAUGCUCGGUCUCGAGCGUCCAAGCUACUUGCCUGACUCGAUUCAUGCCAAUACAAGUCCACAGUGCAUUGCCGGCAUGUAUGGUCCCCAAGUUGACUGGUGGAGCUUUGGCGUCAUGCUCUACGAGAUGCGAUUCGGCCUUCUUCCCUUUUUCGCUAGCAAAAUGGAGGAGACCUACGAAAAGAUCAAAGAUCACUCCUCCUCACUCACAUUCGACGCUUCGGUCGACUGUUCACUCCAACUCAAAAGCCUCAUUCUUAGCCUGUUGACCUCGGCCGAGCGCCGUUUAGGUCGAACGUCAUCAGAACAAGUUCAGCAGCACCCUCUCUACCGCGCAGCCAACGUCGACUGGUCCAAACAGUGGCCAUUGCAGCCCCCCUUUACUCCGAACGCCGACGUCGCCAACCUAUCGUGUUCAGGUGCGCUAACUAGUGACAAUGACGGCCAGCAAGCUCCUCCCGUCAACCCCAUCGCUGCGCGUUUGCACGAUCAUUCUUUGUCCGUCGUCUCCAGCCUGCCGUCCUUCUCUGCGCUGUAUGCCGGCAACCCGGACGACUUUCCCGCAUUUACCGACUCUCGAGAGCUCGAAUUCGAAUCUAUGCGUCAGCCGCAGGAUUGGUGCGAGGGUGACACAGUAUCAGUGGACGACAUUGGCAGUAGCGCGCCCAAGAACGGCAGUGCUAUGGUGCCACGGUCAGCGUCAACAACCGAUGCAACUGCCACCGGUAUGCCGCGAUCUUCGUCUUCUCCCGCAGUUGCGCUCAGUUCGACCUCUCGAUGCACCACUCUACGUGACCAAAGCUCCUACAUGGUUGGAGCCAACUCGCCACCCGUGGCUCGCUCAGCACCGCGUUGGUCGGACUGCGAUGUUUCUUUCGUUGGAUUCAGCUAUCUUCCGCGACGCGAUGCCUUCUCCUCUGCAGCCACUGACGAAACACCCACCGCUGGAGAAAUCUCGACGGCCGCUAGCCUCGACGAUCUAGCCAACGCAUCAGGCGCUUCUCCAAGCGACUGGCCUGCAAGCACCCCUGUCGCUUCCACACCCUUUCACAGGGCCGAUGGACAAGGCUCUCAGUCGCUCACCAUGCUCCCCACUCCGCCUUCUUUCGCACCAAGUCCUGCCGUCCCCGUCAGCGCUGCUCCAGAUUCGCAAGCCCUUGGCACAGGCCAGUGUACCAUCGCCAACCCUAGUCGGCUCUCAGCAGUGCCUUUCUCGCAACCUCAGGGCUUUGUCACGCCUGCUCGCAAGCCCUCGUACAUGGCCACGCACGAGCGUUUCCGUCAGCUGCAAGGGCAAGAAGCGCCAGUCCUCGAACAUGCUUCGGCUAACUACACUCCUGCUGUUCCGCCCUCGCCGUACCCUUUCCCAGUGGCCUCUGUCGUUCGCACAUCCAAGUUCACCGGUGGCAGCAAGCCGGCGCUGCAUCACCGCGACCUCGAUCGAGCAAGGUCCGCAACACCGGGAGCAGGAAGCGUCGGAUCCGAUAGUCGUCAAUCCGGAGGAAGUAACGCGGUUCGAGAAAUGUCCGAACGCGAAGCCUGGGACGAGAUGAUGGCUGCCGUCCAAAAGAGCGUCCGCAAAAAGCAGCCCGUAGCACGCGUGCCAGCAACGCCGCUGGCCACGUCGUCUACACGUCCAGCCGGCUUGCACCGCUCGUCUACCGAUCCGCAGCUAUCGGCUUGCAAGCCAAUUGCAACGCAGCCUCCACGGCAACAGCAACUACACGCUCAAAUACAGGCUUCCGAGCACCAGCUCGCCUCGAUCCGUAGAGCAUUGCAACCUGUUGAUGCGCCAUGUCAGACCGCCGAGCCAUUCGAGCCAGCAGGCGAGGUUCGAGGAGAGAAAGCAAGUGCGACGACACGUGCAGCAGGUGCGCUGCGCCAACACAGGUCCAGAGUCAAUCUGGUCGCUCCACGUGCCACGUUCAAGGUGACCGCUCCCGAGUCUCCGCAAAGCUCGCCGCCUCCGCGUUUUUGGCAAGAUUCACCCCGGCAGAGUCAAUUUGCGCUCGACAUUGACAUGUAUGACUCGGACGCUUCGGACGACUCGACCACGGCUAGGCGCCAUCUGCAGCACAAGAAGAGUGCUCGACAACUCCUGAUCCGCGCUCAGGAGCGCGGUACGCCCACUAAACCGCAGCGUGCUCAGAGCCCGCCACUGACCGAUGCGUUUGCAUCAGCGCCGUCGGUGGCCGCCGUGCUGGAGGCGGCAGGCGCUCGUAGCUCGCCGCCCAUCUUGCUGGGCGACCAGUCGGUUCGCUCGGCCCACUCGUCUCGCGACGUGUCAUACGAGCACGCCAUCGAUUUUGCAUCUGCGUCUACAUCUGCGUCUGCAUCUGCAUCUACGUCUGCGUCUGGUCGCAUGAGGACCGGCUCGUUGCUCGUCUCGGGCAAAGUAUCGCCCGAGACGAGCAACGACGGUCUGUCGUCGAGCUUGGGUAGGGCUGCGGUCACUUUUGCACCCAUGGCGUAUGUGCCUGUGCUGGGAGCGAUACCGCCGUUGCGUGAUGGAACAGGCAGCUCGGAGAGCCAGGUGGAUGCGCUCGGAUGCUCGCGCGAGACAAGUCGCUCCACCAAGACGAUCCGGCGCAAAGACAGCGGUGAGAUGCUGUCGCAAUAUCGCAAUGCAAAAGCUAUGGGUAGGGCGACGAGCAUGCUUGUGCUCAACGAGCGCGCUAAAGCGGAUGCAGAGGCGGUCCAAACUUGGCGGCCGGGAACGACGAUUACGUCGUCACCUAGGAGGGGCGAUGACGAGGAGGAUGAUUUCAUUUUGGGCCACGUCGAGAGCCGCAUGCACAUCAUGACUCCUGGCGGUAGCCUACCUGGACGUACCAUGCGCCGCUUUUCGAGUGUGCUCUCGCUCAAGGAGCGAGAAAAAGUCAAUAUCGAGCGUCCCGCCAGCCAGGACGGCACAGCGAAACCAGCGCGUGGCUUUGUCCGCCUACGCAGCCGCAUCACAUCUCGGACGCUUUCCGAAGAGCCGAGCGACGAGCCAGCUGCCGAUGCUCUCUGUGCAACCCGCAAUACAGCGAUGCAACACCACAAAUCAUCGGCUUCCAACAGAUUCGCUCGCAAAAUGUCAGAAUCCCGCUCGUUCGCCCUCGGCACCGCAGCCAGCGCAGCCAGCGCAGCCAGCGCAGCGUCCUCACACUCGCCCGUCAAUCCAGACCUCAGCCUAAUGUCCGGCCUGAACCACCGCCACACCGCCCUCCAGGGCUCGUUGCUCGGCCUCGAACACCGCCUGGCCCGCCUCAAGGCCCGCCUCCAAGACGGACAAUCGUGA